GAUUUCUAAUUCCUUUUAAAAGAUGCAGUGAGAGAACCAGACUGGAAUUUUUGAGAGUUCAAAGCUAAUGUUGGAAUAAUGUCUGUUGUUGGAUUCGAUGUCGGAAAUCUUAACUGUUUCAUUGCAGUUGCUAGAGCAGGAGGUAUCGAGCUCGUAACCAAUGAACAAUCUGAGAGAUGUUCACCGGCUUUUAUCUCCUUCAAUGAAAACCAAAGACUUACAGCAUCUGCUGCUAAGAAUCAAAUGGUGACAAAUGCAAAAAAUACAAUAAGCAACAUAAAAAGAUUCAUUGGUAGAAAGUUUGAUGAUCCAUUUGUUCAGCAUGAAAUUGCUCUUGCUCCAUUUAAUGUCAUCAAACAAGAAGAUGGUUCUGUUGGCAUCAAGGUAAGGUACCUAAAUGAAGAAGAGGUCUUUACUCCAGAACAAAUACUUGCAAUGCUUCUCACAGGUUUAAAGAACAUUGCUGAAUACAACCUUGGCAAGCCAGUACAAGACUGUGUUAUCUCAGUACCCUCAUAUUUUACUGAUUAUCAAAGAAGGGCCCUUCUCACUACCUCCAAAAUUGCUGGACUUAACUGCCUUCGACUCUUGAAUGAAACUACAGCAGUGGCCCUGAGCUAUGGGUUGUUCAAAAAAGACUUACCAGCAGCUGAGGAGAAAGCAAGAAAUGUUGUUUUGGUAGAUUUAGGACACUCGGCCUGUCAAGUUAGUGUAUGUGCCUUUAGAAAAGGCAAAAUCAAGGUGCUCUCCACUGCUAACGACCCAAUUCUUGGCGGAAGGGAUUUUGAUUACAUUCUCAGGGAUCAUUUUAGUGCAGAGUUUCUUAAAAAGUACAAAUUGGAUGUUCAGUCAAAAAUCAGGCCCUGGUUAAGACUGUUAACAGAAAGUGAAAAGAUGAAGAAACUGAUGAGUGCCAAUGCAACGGACCUCCCUUUAAACAUAGAAUGUUUCAUGGAAGAUAAAGAUGUAUCUGCAAGGAUCAACAGGUCUACAAUGGAAGAGUUAUCAAAGGGCAUCCUGGAAAGGCUACAAAUCACACUAGAAGAUGCUCUUCGGGGAUCAGGUUUGUCGGCCACUGAUAUUCAUUCUGUUGAGCUGGUUGGUGGGAGCACAAGGAUCCCAGCCAUUCGAAAUGUUGUGCAAAAUGUUUUCAAGACAGAACUUUUCACCACCUUAAACACAGACGAGGCAGUGGCAAAAGGAUGUGCUAUUCAGUGUGCAAUGCUCUCCCCUACUUUCAAAGUGAGAGACAUCGAGGUUGAUGACGUAACACCGUAUCCCAUCCAUUUAUCUUGGAAAGCACAGUCUGGAGAUGAAGAUUGUGAAAUGGAAAUAUUCUCCAAGGGUCACAGCUUCCCUGCCACAAAGAUGCUUACUUUAAAGCGAAAAGAGCCUUUGGAAUUAUUCGCCUACUACAAAACUGAAUCGAAAGUACCUCAUACGGAACGGAAUAUCGGCCGUUUCCUUAUAAGCGGUAUUACCCCUACAAGCACUGGUGAAGCUGCAAAGAUCAAAGUGAGGGUGCGUCUUAAUAUCCACGGAGUUUUGACUGUUUCAAAUGCAUCCAUGGUGGAAGAACUUCCCACCCCGCCGCCCAGCCCAGAGGCAAACAAGGAGACGCCUGGAGAGCCAAUGGAGGCUCAGCCAUCUGAUGGUGCUGAAGCAACAGCAAAGGAAAAUGGCAUUGUCCCAAAUGUAGAAAAUAAAAAUGAGGAUGAACCAAUGAAUACUGACAAGGAGCCGGAUAGUUCAAGCAAUCAACAAAAGGAGAAAGCCGAUGAAAAUUCAGAAAGCAAGCAGAAGGAAGGCGAAAAGAAGCCCGAGGAAACGCAGAAGAAAUCAAAGAAGAGAAAGAUCACCAAAGAUCUCACUGUAGACUCUUUUGUACCAGAAUUAAAUGACCAGCAAAUUAACAAGUUAGUCGAAAAGGAAUGGGAAAUGAUUAUGCAAGUGAAACUAGAAAAAGAAAGGCACGACGCGCUUAAUGCGGUCGAAGAAUACGUCUACACAAUGAGGGAUAGAAUUUAUUCAGUUUAUGAAGCGUAUAUACUAGACGAGGAUAGAGAAAAGUUUUCGGCACUUCUCAGUGAGACAGAAGAUUGGUUGUAUGGAGAUGGCGAAGGUCAGCGGAAAGAUGUGUAUGUCAAGAAGUUAGAAGAGUUAAAGAAAUUCGGACAACCAGUAGUUGAAAGGUGCACGUUACAUUCAGAAGUGCCUGCAGCAUUUGAAUCCUUUGGGCAUUCUUUUAUGCACUUCCGAAAGAUAAUGGACCUGUACCAUAAAAAGGAUGAAACUUACUCGCAUAUUGACAAGGCAGAAAUGGAAAAAGUCCAGAAAAAGAUCGAUGAAAAAAUGGCCUGGCUUAAUUCAAAGAUGGUGGAGUUCCAGAAUACGCCGAAACAUGUAAAACCAAGUAUAACUCCAUCCGACAUUCAAUCAGCGAAAAAGGAAUUAGAAGAUUUCUGCAAUCCAAUUGUAACGAAAGCGAAGCCAAAAGUAGAACCACCGCCAACAAACGGAACCAAAGACUCAGCAGGAGAAGAUAACAAAAAUGGCAAAAGUGAUGACCAGAAAAAAGAAGAAAGUGCCAAAAGUGAGCAAGGUGCCAAGAGUGAGCAAGGUGCCAAGAGUGAGCAAGGCAAGUCAGCAACACCCGAGGCUGAGCAAGCUGGCAAAAAGGAAGAAGAUGCAACGAUGGAGGUCGAUUAGUCGUGAUAUAUAAUUUAUUAUGCAAGGAUUUUGGUAAAGAUUAUUUGAAUACGAAUUUAGUCGUUUUACUACUUUCUGAUACAGCUUUCGUUUAUUGUAUUGAUACCGGUUGAAUUUCAAACAUUUGCUUAUAGGUAGGGUGAACUAAGUAGAAAUUAAAUUUAAAGGUAUUGCUCGUAUUCAAGUGAGAGGAACAUUGAGAAAAAAUUAAAAGAAAGCUGGCAUCA